AUGGCUUCACAACCCCUCUACAUCGGGUUUGACCUUUCUACCCAGCAGCUGAAGGGCUUGGUAGUGAACUCUGAACUGAAAGUCGAGUAUAUCGCCAAAUUUGACUUCGAUGCCGAUUCCACCGGCUUCUCAAUCAAAAAGGGUGUCAUGACCAAUGAAGCAGAGCAUGAAGUAUUCGCUCCAGUCGCAUUGUGGCUGCAGGCCCUAGAUACUGUGCUGGACAGCUUGCGCAAGCAGGGUCUAGACUUUAAGCGCGUGAAGGGAAUUAGCGCUGCAGGACAACAGCAUGGAAGUGUUUAUUGGAACACCGAGGCAGAGCAGCUUCUCAAGAGUCUUGACUCUAAGAAGUCACUGGAAGAACAGCUCCAUGAUGCGUUCUCCCACCCAUACAGUCCCAAUUGGCAAGAUUCCAGCACACAGAAGGAAUGUGAUGAAUUUGAUGCUUGUCUUGGAGGACAAGAGCAGCUCGCUCAGGCUACAGGAAGCAAGGCUCAUCAUCGAUUCACAGGCCCUCAGAUCCUUCGGUUCACGCGAAAGCACCCAGAUGUCUACCAAAAGACAGCACGUAUCUCCUUAGUUUCUUCCUUCCUUGCUUCGCUCUUCCUCGGCCACAUCGCUCCCUUCGAUAUCUCGGACGUGUGUGGAAUGGAUCUAUGGAAUAUCAAGCAAGGCGCCUAUGAUGAAAGUCUUCUCAAGCUGUGCGCAGGCAAGUUCGGCGUGGAAGAUCUGAAGAAGAAACUGGGAGAGGUGCCAGAGGAUGGAGGCCUACACCUCGGCCCUGUUCACCCAUACUUUACGCAGCGCUACGGGUUCAGCUCCGACUGCACCGUUAUCCCAGCAACCGGCGACAAUCCAGCAACAAUCCUCGCCUUGCCACUCUUGCCGUCAGAUGCAAUGGUUUCGCUGGGGACAUCCACAACCUUCCUUAUGUCCACUCCGAGUUAUAAGCCUGAUCCGGCCACUCACUUCUUCAACCACCCCACCACACCUGGGUUAUAUAUGUUCAUGCUUUGUUACAAGAACGGCGGUCUCGCACGCGAGCAUGUCCGCGAUGCCAUUAACCAACUGAAAAAAGAUACCCCAGCUCAUCCCUGGGCCAAUUUCGAUGAGAUCGCACUCAAAACUCCAGCCCUGGGCCAGCAAGACCGCACUGAUCCCAUGAAGUUGGGCUUGUUCUUCCCCCGUCCAGAAAUUGUACCUAACCUCCCCUCAGGACAGUGGCGUUUCACCUACGACCCAGCCACAGGAAACCUAGAGACCACUGACGGGUUGACCCCCGAAGAGGAAGCUCGCGCGAUUGUCGAAAGCCAAUUGCUCUCAUUGCGCCUUCGGUCGCGAGAACUCACCCAGAGCCCCGGAAACGAUCUCCCGGCCCAGCCACGACGAGUUUACCUCGUCGGUGGCGGAUCAAAGAAUAAGGCAAUUGCACAGAUUGCUGGUGAGAUCCUCGGCGGUGUAGAAGGUGUUUACAAGCUCGAUGUCGGUGACAAUGCGUGCGCUCUCGGUGCAGCUUACAAGGCUGUUUGGGGCUUAGAACGGCAGCCAAAUCAGACUUUUGAGGACCUGAUUGGUCAGCGAUGGAAGGAAGAUGAGUUCAUCGAGAAGAUUGCUGAGGGCUACCAGAAGGGUGUAUAUGAACAUUAUGGGAAGGCUGUUGAGGGCUUUGCGAAGAUGGAAGAGCUUGUUGUGCGACAGGUACACCAGGGGAAAUAA